AUGACUAUCUGUACUUAUAACGCACGAACGCUUGCAUCCGACACGGCCAUUGAAGAUUUGAUUAUGCAGGCCAGAAAGUUUAAGUACGAAGUCAUCGGCCUGAUCGAAACGAGGCGACGCCACUCACUGAACGCCAUGUAUGACACUGGAGAAGAACUGUUCUUAGGAGCAUGUGACAGUAGAGGAGUUGGUGUCUUCGUCAACACAAAUAUGGCAGUAAACAUCGACUCUUUCGAGCAACUUAUAGCCCGAAUCGGACGUCCGCGGAUGAGAAGAUGUGAUCCUACACCAGCUUUGACUAUCUUCGUCGCUUACGCUCCAACAUCAAGGUACAAAGAAGAAGAAGUUGAAGCUUUCUAUAUGAACCUGGAGAAGUUCUACAGAAGAUCAUACCUUCUGCAAGGUCAUGAUUGGUGA